GCCGGGCUGGUCACACUGGCACCCUGUGGCGAGCACAUUGAACGUAAAAAAUAAUAAUAACAACAAUAAAUUGCAAAUAUUCAUAAACAUGCAUAGACGCCGUACACCCAAGACACUGAGCAAACCGCCGCCCAUUCAAGGUCCUCCCAAAAAGACCAUUCCCGAGGCAGAACCAGCACAGAACCCAGCACCGUCGACGCCCGACGGCGUGCAGUUCGAACUGGAGCUGUGCUGGUGCGUCCAGCAGCUGCAGGAUGCCCUCAACGGCGGCAAACUGAGCCAGAAACUGGCCGAAGACACCGCCAAGAACCUGAAGAUCCUCACCAGUUCGACGGCGCCGCUGAUCAGGAAGCGGCAGGUGAUGAAGCAAUCCAUGGGCGACUACCGAGCCAAGAUGCAGCAGGAGGAGAAGAAGCUGAUGUUGGCUUCUAAGCAGGUGAAAUUCACACCUGCCGCUGCAGCUCCAAAGAAAUCAAGCUUCGUGAAGAAGUCGGCGCUGUUGACUACAGGCAAAGAUUUCCGCUUCGACUUUGCCUUGCCAGCCGACACAAAUGAGAACAGCGGCGUCUCCGCAUCCCAGCCAGUUCAGACUUCCAGCUUGCCACAAAGCAGCGCUGGAACACCCUUCAAGUUCAAUUUCACCAUUGAGGAGGAGUCGGCGAACAACCUUAACUUAAGCGGCCUGAUGCUAACGUAGAAAAUAAUAAUAAAUAGUAAUGAUCCAGCUUA